UGAAAAGGCAGUGACAUCAUAGGAGCGACUUGUCUUGGGGGGGAAGGGGGGAUUGUCAUCUUGUUGACAAGGCUACUGUGUGUGUGUUGUGUGUUGUUUUGGACAUCCACCAGGCUUCAGGUGUUUGCUCGCAGCAAUUUGCCGGCUAGACAGUCCCUGACCAAUAGUUGAAUUUGUGGUAAGUGGUAGCUCUGUCGCCUGAGAGAUGUCGCGAUCCUGCGCAAUGGUUGUUGGUGCCAGUGCCUUGAUGAGUGCGGAGGCCUUUGUGGCCACCCCCACCCCUGCCACGCCGCCGCAAAUGAGCCACCAAGCUGCUUCUACGACGGCGCCAAGUGCCACAUCGGCCUGGUCAGCCGGCUCAUGCGGGGCAGUGGCAGUGGCGGCUGCCGUUGGCAUUCAUGCGCGUGGGCGCAAAUCCAAGGUCGCUCGUGGAGAGGCGCUUUACGAGCGGCAGAGGAAUGCCUACGCCGAUCUUGCCUACCUCAAUGAUGUCGGCUACUUGCCGGAUGGCACACCCAUGCACAAGGCGGGCAACGCCAUCAACCAUCCGGAGAGGGUGGGUGCAGACCCACAUGUGGAUGGUUCUGAGCUUCCUCGGGGUCACUUCCUGAACUCGGUUGGCUACCUGCCGGACGGCACACCCCUGAAUGCUGCAGGCAAUGCCAUCAACCACCCGGAGAGGAUGCAACCAGACCCGCACAAGAAUGGUUCACCGCUCCCUGCCUCCACCUACGCCGCGGACGUGGGGUACUUGGUGGACGGCACACCCCUCAAUGCAGCGGGCAACAACUCCUUGAAGGGUGGGGCGGCAACACAGGCAGCACCGCCGGCAAGCUCUUCGAUGUCCUCGGCCACUGCUUCAGCACCACAGGCCUUGGCUGCUGCGGCGUUUGUGGGAUUUGCUUCGCAAGUCAGGCGCAGCGGGGGCUUUGAGUAUUCGCUCCAGAAGGAUUCCUUUGCUGACCUGCACUACGUGAACGACGUGGGAUACCUGCCUGAUGGCACGCCUUUGAACAAAGCUGGCAACGCUCUGAACCAUCCUGAGAACGUCAGCCUGACCGUCACACACCGGGUUCGCCCUUGCCGCGCGCCAACUUUGCCAACGAGGUGGGCUACUUGCCAGAUGGCACUCCCAUGAACCGAGCCGGGAAUGCCAUCAAUCACCCCGAGAACAUUCAGCCAGACCAGCACACACCGGGCUCCCCUUUGCCUGCGUCUGCAUACGCGGCUGACGUUGGCUACUUGGUGGAUGGCACCCCCAUGAAGGAGGCUGGCAACAACUCCAUCUCUCGCUGAUGUAAAUAGUUGGUGAAAUAGUUUCAGCUGUGCAACUGGGCAAUGCCCAAAGUUUCGAUUGCAUUGGCUGGCCGUUUCAGAUGUAGCUCCCUUUCUAACGCAUUGGGCAGUCCCCUUUGCGAGGCGGAAGGGGGCUUCGAGUGUCAAUGAAUCAAUUAUCAUUUUUCCGCUGCUUCAAAGCGGCAAAUAGUUCUAAUUAAUAUACACGAGGCUCGCUUGGACAGAAUGCGCAAAGUAGAAUGGUCUUUGGUGAGGUCCAUCACAAGGGCAGAUGCAAGGAUCUUCAGAGCGAGCCCGGAUUCCCUGGUAGAAAGUCAUGGCCCCGCAACAAGUGUGGGCUCGGCCAAUCUGGCUGUAGUGCAGUGCAAGCACGCCUGGCUUCCUACAAAUCAAGCAAUGGCUGCUCUGAAAGCGCAAGGCGAGCCGCAAAACAAAAGCUGCAAGGCCGAAUUGAAUGCAUGCAAUCGGAGCAAGGCUGAUUUCGUGGAUGCA